CCCGAGCUGUGUGAUUCACAGCAAAGUACGUGAGGUGAAGGAGUGCACCGCUCGAAGUCAAAGGAAAACAUGAGCUUUAAUUCUCUCUCUGAGGACCAGUUCACUUGCUCCAUCUGUCUGGAGAUAUUUGUGGAGCCCGUCUCCACACCAUGCGGCCACAGCUUUUGCAAGGCCUGUCUACAGGGCUAUUGGAACCACAGCAAGAAGUUCCUGUGCCCAAUGUGCAAAAAGAGCUACUCUAGAAAGCCUGAGAUGAGCGUCAACAGGGUCCUGGCUGAAAUAUCCUCCCAGUUUCAGGGGCUGACGAUGGCUAAAAGCACCGCCUCUCAUGGAUCCAAAUGGAAUUUGAGCUCAGAUACGGGCCAGAGCAGCUCGCCAGUGAAGGAUACCGGAGAGUUUGCCCAGCCUGGGGAUGUUUCUUGUGAUGCUUGUAUUGGAAGGAAGUUAAAGGCGCUGAAAUCUUGUGUGAACUGCCCUGGGUCUUUCUGCGAGUCCCACCUCAGGCAUCAUAAGAAGGUCAGGGCAAUGAUGUCUCAUCGUCUGAUUGAACCAACUUUCCACCUGGAAGACAAAAUUUGUAAGAAACACGAACGUCUCCUGGAUGUGUACUGCCGGACCGACCACAUGUGCAUCUGCUCUGUCUGUGCCGAUGCCACACACAAAUCCCAUGAGAUUGUCUCCAUUGACCAUGAAUUUAAGAAGAAGAUGGGUAACAUGGGAAAGAAGAGAUCAGAGCUGAAACAUUUGAUCAAGGAGAGAGCCAAGAAACUUGACGAGAUCAAACAGUCCAUCAAAGUCAUAAAGGCCAGUGCUCAGAAGGAGUUGGAGGAAAGCUGGCAGGUGUACGCAGAGCUGCAGCGUCUGGUGGAGCAGAGUCAGGCGGAGCUGGUUGAGCUGAUAGCCACGAGGCAACGUGAGGCGGAGCGUCACGCCCAGGAAAUGGCCAGGGGUUUGGAGAAUGAACUCAGCCAACUGAGGAGGAGGAGCAAUGAGCUAGAAGCCCAUGCACAGAUGCACGACAAAGUGCUUUUCCUUCAGAACCUGACAUCACUGUCACCCCUACCCGAGCCCACUGAUUGGUCAGCGGUCAGCAUCAAUACUGACCUGUAUCUGGGAACCAUCCGGUCUUCGGUCAGCAGCCUCAUUGAUAAGUUCCAGGAUGAGCUUAAAAGAAUAUAUGGGAAAGAGCUUCGGAAGGUGCAGAACUACGCAUCUGAGGUGAUUCUGGACCCUGCCACGGCCCAGAGGAACCUGACUGUGACUGAUGAUGGUCAGCAGGUGAGGUAUGAAGAGCGCAAGUCCACUCACUCUGAGGGUCCAAAGCGCUUCAGCCCGGCCCUCUUUGUCUUGGGCCGGGAGGGGAUCAGCACGGGGCGACACUACUGGGAGGUGGAUGUAUCGCGAAAGACGGCCUGGACGCUCGGCGUGGCCCGCGCUUCUGCCCGACGCAAGGGUGAGAUCAAGCUGAGUCCCGAGGGUGGGUACUGGUGCCUGUGGCUGAAGAACGGGGAGGUGAAAGUGCUGGCGUCGCCCCGCUUGCCUCUAGUGCUGCCUUCCCAACCCAGUAAAGUAGGAAUCUUUCUGGAUUACGAAGGAGGCCAGAUUUCUUUCUAUGAUGUGAAGGCUCGUCUGCAUAUCUACAGUUUUAUCGAUAGCUUCAGUGAGAACCUGUACCCCAUCUUCAGCCCCUGUCUCACCCAGGAGGGGAAGAAUAAUGCCCCACUCACCAUAACCCAUGUUAAACACAGCUGAGGGUAUAGUCAGUCGGUAUUAGGUUAUGCAUUCUGUUUAUAUAUAAAACAUUUUUUAUACACACCACCAUCACUUUCUCAGCAUAUUACUGGCUAUUUUCUGAGGUAAAUUCUUUAUUGACUGAUACAUGUAUUAUAAUGGUACAUUUACAAUUUAUUUAAAUGUAGCCAGUUUUUUCUUUGCACUAUCAUCUGUUAACUCAAACUUGGAUUACAGUAAAGAAGAAAUAUGUAGUGGUGUGAAAACAUGUGAAGGACAAUAAAUCAUUAUUUUUUUUGCUUCUUACUUGAUGAUAGAUGAGUUUGAGUAAAGCUGGCACUUUCCCUACUCUGUAAGUCUUUGUGUAACUGCAACUCUAAGGCUCGGAGAGCCAAGUAAUGAAGUUAACAGAUGCAAACUUCGUUUCUAGUGAUUUAGACUUUGCCUGGGGAAUCAAAUCAAGGUUUCUUGUACUUGUACCUACCUAUUGUAAUUAAGACUGUAUCCUGUGGACAUUAUUGUAAAAACUAAUAUAGACACACAGUAAGUGGGUAUAGCAUGGGGAGACCAGUGCAAUCAUUUUACAGCUUUAGUUACUGUAACUAUUUUGCACAUCAAAAGUAAUA